CGCGGCGCGUGCACAGCCGGCGCGUGAAUGUCGUCAUCGUUGCCGGACCGCUUUCCGGGAGACUGUAGUCGAAGGCCGUGAGCCAGUGUUUUAGAAGGAGUCUGUGGAAGGGCGAGGAGUACCUAUAGAACCCAGGAGGAAGGUGAGGAGCAGAGCUGGAUGAGGAAUUUGAGGCCGAGAGAGAUUCAAUGAUUUAUCUCAGGUGACAAAGUCGGUGAUCAAGACGGAAAGCCCGAGUCUCUUUACUUCCAUUCUGCUAUGCUAUUUGCUGUCAUACACAUUCAUGCUGUUCUCCUUACCUAUGUGAUAAAGAGUCAGCCAUAAUGGCAGGUGAAGAAAUUAAUGAAGACUAUCCAGUAGAAAUUCACGAGUAUUUGUCAGCGUUUGAGAAUUCCAUUGGUGCUGUGGAUGAGAUGCUGAAGACCAUGAUGUCUGUUUCUAGAAAUGAGUUGUUGCAGAAGUUGGACCCACUUGAACAAGCGAAAGUGGAUUUGGUUUCUGCAUACACAUUAAAUUCAAUGUUUUGGGUUUAUUUGGCAACUCAAGGAGUUAAUCCUAAGGAACAUCCAGUAAAACAGGAAUUGGAAAGAAUCAGAGUAUAUAUGAACAGAGUCAAGGAAAUAACAGACAAGAAAAAGGCUGGCAAGCUGGACAGAGGUGCAGCUUCAAGAUUUGUGAAAAAUGCCCUCUGGGAACCAAAACCAAGAAAUGCAUCAAAAGUUGCCAAUAAAGGAAAAAGUAAAAGUUAACUUUUUGGUUUUGAUGUACACAUAUUCAAAAAGUACAUCUUUUUUUUCCCCCCCCACAAAAUAAUUCUGUGGCAGGACAAGGUUUAAAUGUAUUUCUUAUUGAAUUAAUGUGUAAAAAUUUACAGUAAAUAUGUAAAGCUAAAUACUUCCCUUUCCAAAGAUUGUUAUCUUUAUUGAUUUGCACUGAGGAUUUUAACAUUGUGAUAUAUUAUAUAUUUAUAAUUUAUCAUCUCUUUUGAUGAGACUCUUAUUUCUUUAUAUAGGUCAAUCUUGCAAAUACCAUUUUAUAAGCAGCUGUGAAAUUUAAGUGAAAUGUUCUUUGUAAACAUUUGUACUAUUUUAAAUGAAUAAUGACCUUAUGAUGUAUGCUAUCUGUAGGCCGAAAUUAUAGGUUUAUCUGUUCUCACUAUAUGACAUUAAGAAAGCAUGAAAUGACUUAAAUGUUCAUUUUUUUCUGUAGUUAUUUUAUCAUGUUUUCAUGAUUUUAGGAAUUACUGCUUUGUUGAUACUCAAAGUGUGAAACUAAAACUUUAUGGUUGUACUUUAAUUCUUGGCAUGUUGCCUCUAUGUCCCAUUUAAAAUAAAAUACAUUCUCAUUAACUUUAGAUGGGAAAUAAGGUUGUAUGUUGAUGGACGAAUUUUGGCAUGAUGACCAUACUCUCUCAAUAAAGGCUGAAAAUGUUGUAUAACUGA